AUGUUUCUCUGCGGCGGCUCAACCUUUCGCCGCGAGCACAACGCAGAGCAGCAGCAGCAGCAGCAGCAGCAACAGGAGGAGGAUAAUCAUCAGCAGCAUCAGCUUGGUGGUCCGAAGAUUCGUACGACUCGUCAGUCGCACCCCAACGCUUCUCCACCUAACCCUCUCGCCCGGCCGCAUCAGCCGGCGCAGCAGCAGCAUUAUCACUCGGCGUCCCGCCCCUCAGGCGCCAUGUCACGCGCGUACGUGCACCAGAAUAACAACCACGGGUCGGCGCAGGUCGGGGGGGCAAACCACGGGCCAGGCCAGACCCAGAACGGUCAGCCGCCCGCGUCCGCCGCCCCCUCCGGCAUCAACGGCUACGCGCGCCACCUCUCCAGCCGCCUCAUGCUCAAGAAGCGCGCUAAGGAGCCCGCCGGCGGCUUCCGCCAGGGCGCAACCGUUGGGUGCGCGGGCAGCGCGCGCGUGUUCGCCGCAGGGGCUGCGCCUGAGCGGAAGUUAUCCGCGGAAGAUUCCCGCGCUGCAGAAGAGGCGGAGCAGCAAAGCGCGGGAGGGGGACAGCCGGCGCAAGGCUUCAUGCCCGGAGGCGCGACCCGCGCCGCCCCCGGCGGAGGGGAUAAUAAGCUUCCCCGUAAGCCUGUGCUGGCGUCUGCUGCGGCGGCUGCUGCCGCUGUAGCCGCGGCGAAGAUGGCGGCAUCCGCGGCUGCUGCCGCCGCGGCCACUACCACCGGCGCAGACAAGGUCCAUCUCAACCCCGCGGGGGGGGCGCACGGGGACGAGCCGCCGCCGGCGGCCGCAGAGCAGGGAAUGGAAGCGCAGACGCUUCCGCCGCUUCCGCCUGGGUUCCGCUUCAAGCCUACGGACGAGGAGCUCGUGGCGCAUUAUCUCGUGCCGCGCGCGCGCCUCGCCGACGAUUCCCUUGGGUGUCGUGCUGCAUCGGCGACGGCGAGUGGUAAUUUCUUCUCCACGCGGAGCCUCAAGUACGGCCACUCGAUACUCAUCCGCUCCCCUUCUUGUCCCCCCCUCCGCCUGACAUGCUGCAUCGGCGACGGCGAGUGGUAUUUCUUCUCGACGCGGAGCCACAAGUACGGGCACUCGCGCCGCACCAACCGCUGCACCUCCAACGGCUACUGGAAGGCCACGGGCAACGACCGCACCAUCCACUGCGACCCCGUCUUCGGCGCCGCCAUUGCCGCGGGGAUGGGCGGGGGGAUGGGUGGCGGUGUGGGGAGGCAGUUGUCCCGGGCGCUGCUGGGGAGGCGGGGGAGCGGAGGGUUGUUUGGAUCGUGUUUGGAUGAGCCUGCGGUGGUGGAAGGGGAGGGGGAGGGAGAGGGGGAGGAAUGGGAUGGGAUGAUGCCAGGCAUGGAAGGGGGUUCGGCUGUGGACAAUGGCCGUUAUGUCGCUCCCCACCAGCGUAACAUGUUCGCUGGUAACCAGUCGCGGAUGCUGAACCAUCAUCAUCAUCAUCAGCAGCAACAGCAGCAGCAGCAGCAGCAGCAGCAGCAGCAGCAGCAGCAGCAGCAGCAGCAGUCAGUUUAUAUGGGGGAGGGUUACGGCUCCCUUCACAUGCUGCCGCCCCAUGCACACGCACUUGCACACAUGCACGGGCAUGGGUAUGGAUUUCCGCGCGGGCACGGGCACGGGCAUGGGCAGAUGGAUGGGGUGGUGGUGGGGAUGAAGAAGACGUUGGUGUACUACGAAGGGCGCGCACCGAGAGGGAGGAGGACGGAAUGGGUGAUGCACGAGUAUCGCUUGGAGCAGCGCAGCAGCAGCGGCCGACGACCCGUGGGCUCGCUCGUGCUGUGCCGUGUAUACAACAAGGGGUCCCACCCACCCGCCGCGCAGCUGCCCCCUCGAGCCAUGUCCGCUCCUCUCCCUGCUGCUGCCGCUGCCGCUGCUGCUGCUGGCAUGGUUCCUGAUAUGGGCAUGGGCGUGGGUAUGGUCCCCCCUGCUUCGGCUCCUUCCCCUGCUCCUGCUGCUGCUGCUGCAGCUGCUGCUUCUGCUGCUCCUCCAUCUCCUGCUCCUGCUGCACCUGGUGACCUCUCUGCCACAGGUCCCAAGAGCAACAGCAGCAGCGGUCGCUGCAGCAACUCGUUUGGGAACAGCAAGGAGAUGUUAGGCGGCGCAGCAGCAGCAACGGUGGUGGCUGGUGAGAGCGCCAGUGGGUUGAGUGGCUUCAGUGCAAUACCACAUGCCUCGGGCAUCCCCACAUGGCUGGAUGAUGAGGAGGAGGAUGAGCCAGAGAUCUGGCUAUCCCCUUGUGCGGGCAACACUCCUCUCUCCAACAACACACCCCUGUCCGGAACUAGCCCUCUUUCCAGCUGCACGCCUCUUUCCGGGACCUCUCCACUCUCUGCCGCCGCUGCAGCAGCGGCAGCAGCAGCGGGUGGAGCAGCAGGAGAGCUGGGUGGUAUUGAUAUCGACGACUUUGACCUUGGGAUUGAUUUCGGGGAUUUUCCGGAUUUUCUGAUCGCGCAGGAUGAUGUGCAGUGCCAUGCAGAAGAGGAGAAUCCCGCUGCUGAUGACGCUGAUGCUGCUGCUGAUGCUGCUGCUGAUGCUGCUGCUGAUGCUGAUGCUGAUGCUGAUGCUGAUGCUGCUGCUGCUGCUGCUCCUUCUGCUGCUGUUUCCGAUGCUGCUGUAAAUGGUCUUACCCCGGGGCAUGACCGUUCUCUCGCUCCAUCUACUGCUGCAUCUGCUGCUGUCUCUGCCGCUGCUUCUGCCACAGCCCGUGGUUCUUCUGCCUCUGCUUCUCUUGGUCACCGGGAUGUGUCUGUAAGUGGUGGCACGGACUUGGAUCCUCUGCAUCACCCGCCUGACUGGCUGCUGCCCCAAUCCAUGCAGCCAGGCGGGUAUGCUGAGGAUUCAACCCCCAUGCCACCACCCAGCUCACAGCUGCCUUCAGCUGUUUUUUCUCCCGGUGACACCAGAGAGAAGACUGGAGACCCAUCCGCUGCAUCGCUAUCGGAAGCAGCACCAGCAACCUUAUCAGCAGCACCUGUACCAGCAGCAGCAGCAGCAGCAGCAGGAGGAGGAGGAGGAGGAGGAGAAGCAGGAGAAUCUGCGGCAGGCGAGCAGGGACAGCACUCUUCCAAUGACACGCAUGCGCUCUCGCUCUUUGAGGCGCAACUGAAAGCCGUUGAUGCCUAUGUGGAGAACUUCAGUGCGCAUGGGCAGGAGCAGGGCUUUCAGGCGCACGAGCAGAGCUUUAGUGCGCAUGGGCAGAGCUUUCAGGCGCAUGAGCAGGCGUUGGAGCUGGAUUAUGACAUCUCUACCAUGCUUGCAGAGCCACAUGUUGACAUGCCCAUGGGCAUGGGCAUGGGCAUGGGUAUGGGUAUGGGAGGGGAGAUGGAGGGAGGGAUGCAUGGCGGUAUGUGGGAUGGAGGUCUGGAUAUGAGUCCCUUUGGUUGGUCCAAUGUUCCUGCACACGCCUUCGCCGCAUCUGCCUCUCCCUUCAAGCGCAGCCGCAGCAUGAUGGAACGAGAUGGAGGAGGAGAGAGAGGAGGAGGAGCCAGAGGAGUAGGAGGAUUCGGAGGAGGAGGAGGAGGAGGAGGAGUGAGACAGGAGGGUGGGGAGGAGGGAAGUGUGGCAGUGCCGGUGCAAGGGAAUGAUCCUGGGGGGAAGAUGAUGAGGGUGGGGACGGUGGAGGAGCGGCAAGGCGUGCGGCGAAGUGGGGGAGGAGGUAGUAGUGGUGGUAACAAUGCUGGGGGCCGCUGGGUUGAUGGUGGUGGUGGUGCUGCUGCUGCUUCUGGUGGUGGUGGUGGUGGUGGUGGUAACCAUCGGCAGCUGAGGCCAUCGGCUCCUGCACCAGCACCAGCACCCACAGCUGCUGCUUAUGGUUCCAAGCGCAGCAGCAGCAGCUCUGGGCGACACGGCUCUCUGUCAGGCAACAGCAUCAGCAGGCUGCGACCGCCAGCAGCAGUAGCCUCUGCUCCUCCUCCUGUCCAAUCAUCCACAUCUUGGAGACCCGCAAUGUCUGCAAGAUCAGCAGCUGCAGGAACAGCAGCAGGAGGAGCGGCAGGAGUAAGAGCAGGAGCAGAGGAAGCAUCUCGCAGCAACAUCUGCAUGACACUGCGGCAGAUCAUUCUGCAGAGAGGGAGGCCUCUGCCUGCUCCUGGUGGCACCGCAAGCACCAGCAGCACUAGGAGCGACGAUGGGCAGCAUUAA